AGUAGAAAAAAUAUCUACCAAAUACAACGUGAUAUGAGUGACGUGUAAUAUGGAAUUUUCAGUCUGUUUUUCUUUGUCAGUGCUUUGUUCACAAAUUCAGUAAACAAAACUUGUGCUUACGUACCUACAUACACACUCCUUUAGAAACUAAUUUGGCUGAAUGUGCAUAUUAGUACCUUAAAAACUUCUGCAUAAGUUGGACCGGGAAACGUUCAAUCAGUGUAGAGUAAAUCCAGUAUCAAUUUAAAAUGUGUGGUACCGAUAAGAAAUUAGAAGAGAUACGGGCCCUGAUCUUGGUCGGCGGCUACGGAACUCGUUUAAGACCUUUGACUUUAAGUAGACCUAAACCUCUGGUCGAAUUCGCCAACAAACCUAUUCUGAUGCAUCAAAUUGAAGCCUUAGUCGAAGCCGGUGUUACACAGGUCAUAUUAGCGGUAUCAUACCGAGCAGAAGAAAUGGAAAAAGAAUUAACAGAACAAGUUUCAAAACUGGGUGUUUCCCUAACAUUUUCUCAUGAGACUGAACCACUGGGAACAGCAGGACCACUGGCACUUGCCAGGGAACUGCUCAGCACCAGUUCGGAACCAUUCUUUGUAUUGAACUCUGAUGUAAUUUGUGAGUUUCCAUUUAAAGAACUUGCAAGAUAUCACAAGAAUCAUGGGAAGGAAGGUACAAUAGUGGUUACAAAAGUAGAAGAGCCAUCCAAAUAUGGUGUGGUUGUUUAUGAUGAUAAUGGUCAAAUAGAAAGUUUUAUAGAAAAACCACAAGAAUUUAUCUCAAACAAAAUUAAUGCCGGCAUGUAUUUAUUAAACCCAUCGGUCUUAAGCAGAAUAGAAUUAAGACCAAUGUCAAUUGAGAAGGAAGUUUUCCCAUUUAUGGCAAAAGAUGGUGAAUUGCAUGCAAUGGAACUGCAAGGUUUCUGGAUGGAUGUUGGACAACCAAAAGACUUUUUAACAGGCAUGUGUUUGUACUUAACAAGCUUACGUCAAAAGAAUUCAAACGAAUUGUAUGACGGAACUGGUAUCGUAGGCAAUGUGAUUGUUGAUCCGACAGCUAAAAUUGGCAAAGGCUGUAGGAUAGGGCCUAACGUUACCAUCGGACCUGAUGUUGUCGUGGAAGAUGGUGCAUGUAUAAAGCGUAGUACAAUCCUCCGAGGUGCGUGCGUAAGACAACAUGCAUGGCUCGACGGUUGUAUAGUUGGCUGGAGGUCAGUGGUCGGUCGCUGGGUGCGCAUGGAGAACUGUACCGUAUUAGGCGAAGACGUCAUAGUCAAAGACGAGCUAUACGUUAACGGAGGACAAGUACUACCGCACAAGUCGAUAGCGUUAUCUGUACCGGAACCACAGAUAAUAAUGUGAAGACUGUUUACUGUUAUUUAAAUAUGUACAUCACAAAUAAUAACUGGUUUGUGUCAGGGUAGACAUAACUACUCGGAAAUAAUAAGAAUACAAAUGUAUUUACGCCAUUUUAUGACAAAACUAAAUAAAUUGUAUAUCCAUUGAAUGUUAAGUUUCUCGGAGUUGUCAUGUUUAAACACUUUUUUUAUAUCAAAAAUUUAUUAUAUACGGUGCAAUAUUACGUAAUACAAAUAUUAUUAUUAAUAAUAGCAAUAAUUUAUUGAGUAUACUCACUAUAUGAAAAAUUAUUAAAAUACCAGUUUUUGAGUAGCUCAACUAACAACGACGAUAAUUUGUUUUUCGAUCUGUGAGCGCUAGUAGCUCAAUAAUAUGGAGAUAUGCCACUCUAUCGUUCAGAGUAUCCACCACUUGUUCUCAAACUUCCAAGUUAUAAAAUGUAAUGUCAGGUGCUGUCGGGUGGGAACCUGACAGCAAGUGUUGACAAAAUGACAAUAAAAGUACAACUCAUUAUGUAGGGGAAUACUAGCUUGUCAGGCGUCAGACCCUCCAAGACCAGAUUUUAUAGUUUUAUUAUAGAAUUAAAGAGAUUAAUUUGCAAAAAAAAAACAAUCGGUCUCUGUCAAGCUGUCAGAAACAAUAAUAUUUUGGUAUGAUAUUUCAUAUUUUUUAGCUAAUAUUGUUUAUAAGUAUGUUACUGAUUAGAAAUUUUGGUACUUACGUAUUAACGCCACUGCGGCAAGAAUUCGGUUAAACUUUCCUUUAUGGUCCGUCGAUUUUGGGUCGGGGUGGGGGGGGGGGUUAAGGGUUUACCCCCUGCACCAUUCCCACGCCGCGGAACCCCAUGGUUAUGAAGAUACCCACGGUAAAUUUUUUUGAUUAAAAUUGCAUUAUUUAGUCAAAUUCGAAGGGAGCUUUAGUUUGAAUCCGCCUUAUCUCCGGCGCUGCGGGAAGAGCAGCCCUUCCGCCCUUGCGUGCCGAAGGACGGCCACACGUGCUCCGUCACAGCGGGCGAGGACUACUCUCCCUCCGCGCCUCCGGCUUUUUAUAUACACUCUAGGGGUAGGGCAGACAAGACCAGGUGGAAAGUGGGGUGCUCUGAUUCGCUUUUCCAUAUUUUUCGAGCCACACUUGCUAACCAUUAAAUUUUUGCCGCGGUGGCGUUAACACGUAAGUACCGAAAUUUGUUUAAUGUACUAUGGUAUAUCCUAUUUUGAAUAUCUCAGUUUCUUGUACUGAUGUUUUUACAUAUUUUAUCAUUCUUAUUUCUAUAUUGAACCAAAUUAAUAAUAGGCCAAUUAAAAUUUGAUGAAGUAGUUGAUGGUACUUACUUAAUUUUAUUAAUGUAAUAAGAGAUCGUAUCUAUGAGUACUUUUAAGACCAGUGCAGAAUUUUUAGUGUGUGUGUUUGUUUCUUAAGUCGAUUUUUUUUUUACAAUGUCGGUUGAAAAUGCAUUUUCUAUAGUGAUUUAAAAUGUUUCCAAAUAACGAUAAUAUUUUAGACACAAUAAUUAUUAAAAAGCAUUUUAUAAUAAUACAAUGAAUAUGCAAACUAGUUUAGCAAAGGGUUUUUUUUAAGACCUCAUUGUCUAAAGAAAAAGCUCGCACAUUUAGUUAUAGAUAUUUGUUUUAUAAAAGACAUAUUAUUAUUUUAUUUACAUACUUAUUUUACGAACCAAAUUGAGGACUCACGCGAUCCGUUUGCUUAGAGUUUUCUAGUAUUUUAUGACCCACUUGGUGUAUAUUAGUGAUGUGUGAUUGUUUUGUAUAUUUAUUAAAAUGAAACGUAUUGCUGUCGUACUGUAGGUAAACGCCAGUCCGAGUACUUAGUUCGAGUUCUUUAACGUUCUCGAUAUCGUAAAACUUAACUCAAAUUUGUAUGCAGUUGGAACAGCGCCCCUAGCGGCAAACGUAGGCAAUUUUUUUUUUUUUCCUACCUAAGCUGAUAGCCCUAGCGGCUAUUUCAGCGUAACCCUAACUUUAGUAGGUGAGCUCACGGGGCUCAAACCUGACGAUGUUGCUAACACGAACCCUAGCAAGAGUCGUGCUUCGCAGAAUCUACCACCGGAUCGGAAACGCGACCCACUGAGAAGAUCCGGCGAGAAACUCAGUGGGCUGUGUCUGAGAGUUAAUUUACUCGUCGAGCCCUUCGUCGCAAGCGACGGGUUCGACGAGAACGGUGACCGGUGCUUGAAGUACCUAAAAGCACCGUUAGUGGAUCGGGAGGAUCCGAGAUGACGUGUUACGUAGGCAAAUGUUCAAGCUCCAUACAAGUUUGAGAUAACUUUUACGCUAUCGAGAACAUUAAAAAACUCGCAUUAAGCACACUGAUAUAAAAACUUCAGUCGUAUCUCUCAAGCUAAGUGACAGUUUUUCGUUACGCACUCUAUUGGCUAACCAUUUAACACCAGGUGGGUGGUGAGUGUAACCAUCAAAAGCAUUGAAUUGUGAAUCAACGUAGAGCCAACGGCGGAUCCAGGGGGGGGUCAUGGGGGUCAUGACUCCCCCCCCCUGAGCUAGUUCCAGGACUUGAACUAACUUGGACUAAUUGAAGAACAUCAUGAUUUAUUUAUUAUCUACUGUUAUCAAAAUUAAAUUAUAAGUUCUUAACUUGCCCACGACUAUGUGACCCACUCCUGGCGCCAAAGCUGGAUCCGCCCUUGCGUAGAGCGCGUGGUUGCGUUAGCAUAAUCGAUUAGAGCACAACAAAGAAUUAAUAGGUAUAUAUAAAUUGAUGUAGGUACGCAAAAUUUAUAAAAACUGCGAAUCGGCACGAUGCAAAUUCGCUGCGCACAAAACUCCGACACGAAUUGCUGCAUUGCGAUUUCAUGCGGCAAGCCGUUUCCCUUCCGCAAUUCGGGUGACCAUUCGUUCGAUGACCGUCAACCGUGCUGAACAUAUUAUGUAAACUAGCUCGUGACAUAGAUAAUAAAAAUGAAUGCGCUUGCUGAGGAGAUACAGGGAAAAGAAACAAAGAAUCAUGUCGCAAGUACUUGCAACGCGUCGUGGGAGUUCGUAGAUUUUUACGAUGCUGCUUCGCAUCGCAGUUUUAUCUACAAGCCCACUUGCUCCAUGUAGAGCAAGAGCCCGCGACAGCCAGACCUUCGUUAUUUUAUAAAAGCUAAAAGUUUCUCUGUGUAAGUCUCCAACACAGGUAAAAACGACCCGCGAUUAUAGAGUUUAUUUAGAAUGUAUUUAAGAACGUAAUUGAUUUUUAUAAAUUUUUAGUUUAAAUUUUGGUACAAAAAAAUUAUAACUUGAUUUUCUUUUCGUUUUUUCAGUAGGUACAGUACAGUACAAUCCGUAUAUUUGACAUUCCAUAAUAACAAUUGAGCAGGAGUAAUAACUACGAUUCUGCAAUCGAUAAAACUCCUAUUAAAACGAAAUUUUUAAUUUAAAUAAGAUUUUGUACUGAAUUUUAACAGAUAUUAUUAAAGUAUAAUAUGUAUAUAAUAAUAUAGAAAUAUAAACAAUUAAUAAAGGAUUUAAAACA